GCUGUUGUAGCCGAAAAUGUUGGAUUUCCGAAUAUCAUAUCAUGAGUAUGAUGAUCAUUCAAAGACUUGCUCUCGUGAUAAGAAGCCGAAUGAAAUGAAAUUGUGCUCGGUUCCAUAUGUGAUCAAAAUGGCUAAAACACAUGAUCAUCACUGAAAUGAGGAAUAGUGAUAGUGUCUAUGAUGAAUAAUUGCCAGAUUACCACCAUCCAUAACCAUUUAAACAAUCGCAUUGCAAAGAAGCUGCAAGUCAUGAAAAUAAGGCUACUAGAACUAGACAGAUAAAAAGUCAUAUUAAUCAAUGAAUUUAACAGACAGACAAUAUCAAUAAAAACAGUAACAGCGUGAAAGAUACAGACAGACAAGUGGUUUGGUUACGCUUGUUGCGACAUACUAAAGGUAGAGCGGGCCAUGUGCUGCAUGUAUGUCAACAGGAAAAGAUACAUGAUCCGUUUCCCCAUUCGCAAGGAAGCAUAGAAUGAUGGAUGACCCUAGGAACACGGACGGCGAUUCGUCGUGGGCACCUUGUUCCGCCAGUCCCGAUGUGGAACUACGGGAAACGCCCACCUCUGGCCGGAUCCUUGUUGCGAAGCGAGACCUGGAUCAGGGAACUGUUUUGCGAUUAUCCGGCACUUCGCGGCAGGCGGCGCCAUCGUUUUGUAGUGAGCACAUCAAUGAAGAAACAACUACAAGAGCUGCGGAUGAGGGUCGAGCGAAAGGUUUUCACCGACGUUCUUCUAUCGCGACCAAAGAUGUAAGAAGAACAGGAGCAUUUCCAGUAGCGGAGCCCGCACUUUUCUCCUACCCAAAAGGACAACUUGUGAGCGCCUGGAAGAAAUUUCGCAGCACACUUUCCGAAGACACCCAGAAGUUAUUCCUUGACCACUUCUUCCAUGGACCUGGCGGAACGAGCUGCACCUUCACGCCGCCAAGCAUUUCCGCAGCGGAUUUGAUGCUCUGUACGCACAGCAGUAGCAGAUGCGCCGAGGAACAAAUAGUAAACAAAGAUGGCCCGGCGAGCAAUGAAAAUGAUGUUGUUCUCCUACAGGACACGUAUCGCAAGUUUUGCCGCAUUCUGAAAUUUAAUGCCGUCGAGGAUAUCGGCCUUGGCGAGGAUAAACUUCUUGAAGAGGGACUUCUGGAGGAAGUGCGCCAAAAAAGCGGGUGCGACCAGGACAGCCCGGGUGGAUCGCGGACGUCGACCACGCUAGAAGGUCUGCCAGCACUCGAGAAGACGUGCUCGCUGUAUCCCAAUGCGGCAAUGUUUUCGCAUUCGUGCCAGCCGACGUGCCAUUGGCUGGACGUCCGGGAGUAUCGCGACUGCGAAGUUUUCGCGCAGGAUGAAUUUUUAGAGGAAGCUCGUGGUGCAGCUGCUCAUUCUGGCCGUGGUGAUGAAGAUUCUGAUUGCCAAAAAAAUCAAAAUGGUUGUCCAUCUGAUCUUCAUCCAGUGCCUGUAUUUUCCCCCGAAGAGUCCACCUGGGCGAGAACCACGUCUAUGGGUCGUUACAAAAAUGGAGGGAGCGCUGUCUUGGACGAACAACAUCGAGAUUCCCUGAACACCUCUGGGUCCUCUACGAUCUGUUCCGGCGGCGAGCACUCUCGACUCAACGUCGAAGCUACUUUGUUGUCACCGUCGAAUGCUGCUUCCAAAGAAGGACUUUCAUCGGCCGUGGAAGCUUCUUUCGAGGAGCAGGGAUUGAAUAUUAACUCAGAAGAUCAAGAUUCUUCGAGGUUUCAUCUUGCCACACCGCGGACGCCGACGCAAGCCGAGGAUAAUGAAGCAGAUGAAGAAACUGAGCCUCAUUGUGAAAAUUACCCGAUCGCGAGCUGCAAGGAAAAUCACUUCGGUGGGCCUGCCAGAGUGGUUCGUGUGCUUCGUGAUAUGAAAAAAGGCGAGGAGCUUACCGUGUCCUACCUGAGUGCGGAGGACUUAUAUUUACCAACGCUAAUGCGACGCAUGUUGCUCUUCCAAAGCAAGGAAUUUUGGUGUGACUGCGUGCGCUGCAGAGCGACAUUGGACGAUAUGAGGCCUGUAGUUGUGGAUGGAGGGAAUAAAUGUAGGGAUGGACCAGACACGGUGGUAGGUUUCUUGAAUCCGAGCGGCGGAGUCACACGUGAACCAUCGCCAUCGAUCCUGUCUGGAGACCACACCCGCACAGCCGUGUCUUUGUUGAGCACAAAAAUAAGCGAAAUUUCAGAAAGCACAGCGGAGUGGUUUUGGCCCGCCGAAGUUCACCAGUAUCUGGCCGGCCCCGUUCAUAUCAAAGAGAAAAGAACUAGUGUGCCAGUGCCUUUUAUGUAAAAGUAACAAAAAGUGAAACUCCAGGUCAACAAGAAGAUGCAGAUGGAGGAAUACGAAAGCAAAAGCUAAUAUGAUAUCUGCAGCAAUGCAGAUUUUCAUUUUGUUAUGUAAGUAAGAAGAUGAGCUCGCACUCGCACUUGCUGUUGAUGCAGCGCACACGCACUAUUCGAACUGUUAUAUAUAGUCAUUCCAGCCACAACGGCAUGCUCGUUUUUUUCUUGAUGAUAAUCGGCGUUCAAGGAUCGCUCCGGUUCUUGCACGUGCUAAUGGAAAAAACCAAAGGCUAUUCAGAAAAAAACGCCCCCUCGUGGGCAGUACCGUUCUCCAAGGAGGAACAUUACUGCGAAAAAGUUUGCCGGGCGUUCGACGACGCGAUUAAUCGCGGCGGGAACGGCCUGACCCUACGUGUGCUGCAGGACUUUCUUCGGGAUUCCGAUCUCGACACGAUUCGGCUGCCAAAACAUCACUACCUGGUGCACAGAAUGGUGCAACUCCGGAUUCAAGCACUAGGCGCGCUCGGGAAACGGCGCGACCGCGAAUUCCAAUUGUAUGCCGAUAACGUUGAAAACUUCUUUUCAGGAAAGAGUUGUGAUGCGCGUGGCGAUACCGCCCAGGACCAUUCUCUUGACGGCACGACAGAGACAGUAGGAAGAUCAACAAAAAGUCCACUUUCCCGCGCGGCCUUCUACUCUUCUUGCCAUCCCUACGUCGGAGUCGUAUUGGAGGAAUAUCUCGAGGAAGUUUGGGAUCGCGAGGGGGACGACGCUGAGCUUGGGGACCGAAAUCGCGAAGCAUUAGUAAAAAACCGAAACGACCACCGAUUGAAAGCAGUUCUGCACGAAAAGAUCCGGAAUUGCUGGCGAGUUUCGCUCGGGAAAAACCACCGCUGGCUGGCUCUUUUGGAUUCACAAUACGGGGCGCAGUUGUAA